AUGAGGCACUGGCUGCAAACACUUUUCCUAAGGAAAUUUAAAGUCAGCCUCCUCUUCCUCCUGCUCUUGGCUGUCCUGGUGCACCUGGCGAUGGAUUUGACUCUCUCUGCAGCCCACAGGCCCUGCGGCUGUGACGGGAAAGCACCGAAAGCCUCAGGUGUGCCCUCGGGCAGCCCUGUGCUGGCCAGCCUCAAAAAGCUGAGCCUGCGAAUCCUUCAGGAUUUCAGCGGCAGCAACGGCUCCUUGGAGCAAAGCUCCCGACCGCGGGGAGCAGAGAGGGCUGGGGAGCCCAGGAUCCCGUGGCAGGGCAGCACUGAGGGAUCGAAGCUGGCAGCGCUUUUCGAGCAUCCUCUUUACAACACCCCGAUGCCAGAGGUGACGGAGAAAGACAAGCUGUUUGUAGUCAAUCCCAUGGAGAAGUUCAGCCUGCGCAGCAGCGGGAGUGAUGAAUGGGUCAGCAGCAGUAAAGCCGAGACGCUCCCCCCGACAGGGAAGACGGCCUACGACACCUACCCCACCUGGCUCAAAUUCCACGUCGGCAUCAACCGCUAUGAGCUGUACCCUCGCCGGGACCCCCUGCUGCUCCCCCUCCUCCAGGACCUGGCCAUGCAGAGGAUUGUCAGCUCGGUCCAGAAGACUGGUGGGACCCAGCUCAAGCUCAUCAUGACAUUUCCAAAUUAUGGGCAGGCUCUCUUCAAGCCCAUGAAGCAGACCCGGGACCAGGAGACCCCCGCCGACUUGUUCUAUUUCUCAGACUUUGAGCGGCACAACGCAGAGAUUGCAGCCUUCCACCUGGACAGGAUCCUGGACUUUCGGCGAAUCCCUCCAGUUUCUGGCCGUUUGGUCAACAUAACGAAGGAGAUUCGUGACAUCACCACGGACAAGAAACUGGCCAAGACUUUCUUCAUCUCCCCAGUGGGCAACGUCUGCUUCUACGGGGAGUGCUCCUACUACUGCUCCACCGAGCACGCCGUCUGCGGCAGGCCGGACCAGCUGGAGGGCUCCAUGGCCACCCUGCUGCCCGACAAGACCUUGGCCAAGCGCCGCUCCUGGCGCAGCCCCUGGCGCCGCUCCUACCACAAGAGCAAGAAGGCUGAGUGGGAGUUGAACCCCAACUACUGCGCUAAGGUGCGGGAGACGCCGCCCUACGACAGGGGCCAUCACCUCCUUGACCUCAUCGACAUGGCGGUCCUCGAUUUCCUUAUGGGCAACAUGGACCGGCACCACUAUGAGACCUUCGAGAAAUUUGGGAACGACACUUUCCUCCUCCACCUGGACAACGGCCGCGGCUUCGGCACGCACUCACGUGAUGAACUAUCCAUCCUGGCCCCCCUCCAGCAAUGCUGCAGCAUCAAGAAGUCAACCUACCUGCGUCUGCAGCUGCUGGCCACCCAGCCCUACCGCCUGAGCGACCUGCUGCGGGAGGCGCUGGCUGCCGACCCGCUGGCCCCCAUCCUGGCCGAGCCCCACCUGCGGGCGCUGGACCGUCGCCUGGGGAAGGUGCUGGCAGCGGUGGCACGCUGCCUGGCCAGGACGGCCCACCCGCACCAGGUGCUGGUGGAUGAUGUGGGGUCGCGGGUGUGA